UCUGCUCUUCCCUUCACACAGCGAUCCAAACCCGACCGAGUGAAACCUCACAUCGAGCCCAAGCCGCACCGCACCCAUGGCGCCCAAGGCGGAGAAGAAGCCGGCGGCAAAGAAGCCCGCGGAGGAGGAGCCCGCUGCAGAGAAGGCGGAGAAGGCCCCGGCGGGGAAGAAGCCCAAGGCGGAGAAGCGGCUCCCGGCGGGCAAGUCCGCCGGUAAGGAGGGCGGCGACAAGAAAGGGAAGAAGAAGGCGAAGAAGAGCGUGGAGACAUACAAGAUCUACAUCUUCAAGGUGCUGAAGCAGGUGCACCCGGACAUCGGGAUCUCCUCCAAGGCCAUGUCCAUCAUGAACUCCUUCAUCAAUGACAUCUUCGAGAAGCUCGCCGCGGAGGCCGCCAAGCUUGCUCGCUACAACAAGAAGCCCACCAUCACCUCCCGCGAGAUCCAGACCUCCGUCCGCCUCGUCCUCCCAGGGGAGCUCGCCAAGCACGCCGUCUCCGAGGGCACCAAGGCCGUCACCAAGUUCACCUCGUCUUAGGUUGCCUCUGGUACUAUUAGUAGUGGUUGGGUGGUGUUGGUAGUUGUGGCUUAGUUUAUCUGGUAAGUUAGUAGUUGCAGUGAAAUGAAAUCAAUGGUCUGUUUGUAGUUGGGUUGCGAUAUAAAUUAUGGUGCUUCUGGAACAAUGUCCCCUCAUGGAUCGGGAAUAGUAAUGGUGCCCGAUCCAUUGUUCUCAUUUCUGUUAUAUGAUGUUCUUCCUGCGAUUGCACUUGUGCUUCGUGGUUAGUUAUUGACGUCAAAAAGUAUAUGACCGAAAUCUGGAACAUAAGUGAAUGUGAAAUUUCUGGAGUAAUUAUGGUUCU